AUGCCCUCAGGGAUUACCCAUGACACAGGCUCCCGGAGGGCUGUAAUCUAUUAUUUUUUUAUACGCCCCAGCUUACUUAGAACUAGUAGCCGCAAGGUGAAGCUAACCUAUCUAGGAGAUGAAUUAAUUCUGCCGGUAAAAUACCAAGCAAAAACUCAUUUGCCCGAUGGCCGCAAUAGUCCGCCGUACUCGGUGAACAAACAGCACGGCCCGUGGCUAAGGAUGCUUCAGGACUUGCUUCGCCAAAUCCCGUGUUUGGGCGGCACAGAAAAGGGCAAAUUGACGACAAGGUACCAUCUCGGCGAAUUGAAAUGCCAUGGAGGUGACGUCGUGAGGGAGUUAGCUCGCAUGAUUCCAAGUCGAAGGUGUCCUCGGCGACUCGCCGGCGGAAAGUGCACGGGUCGGAAGUGUACCGAAUACACAGUAUGCGGGAGGCGAUCAAACCACUUCACUUCGGCUAAAUUGAGACCAAUUCAGUCGGUUAAUUUGUGGUUCUUCAUCCUCUACCUGCAUUGCUCAUCUGUCACGAUGCUCCUUCAUCAAGUGGUGGCCGUUGUGGCUCUGACAGUCGCCGAUCUUGUUAAUGCCACAUCAAAGCAAGAGCCAUCGUUUGCUCCCUCCCUCACCCGUUGGACAAACGGUCCUCACCUGGCCGUCGACUAUUAUCCUUCGCAAUGGCCAGAAUACAUGUGGGAACACGACAUCGCUCAAAUGUCCGGGGCCAACAUCUCAUUCGUGCGGAUCAACGAAUUUGACUGGGCCAUUCUAGAACCUGCAGAGGGGCAGUACAAUUUCACUCUUCUUGACAAAACGCUGAAUUUGCUGCAACGGUAUCACCUCAAAGCGAUCAUCGGGACACCAACGGCAGCACCGCCUGACUGGCUCUACCAAAAGUAUGACAUUAGCUUUGUGGACUACACCAAUGCUACCAAGCUUUUCGGUUCGCGUCGAUACUAUAGCUCUUCCUCGCCUGACUAUCGUCGAAUGAGCCAGAGGAUUACGCAGAAACUGGCCGAGCGGUAUGGCAAUCAUUCCGCUGUGGCGGGCUGGCAACUAGACAAUGAGUUUGGAUGCCAUGAUACCGUGCAGAGUUACGAUCACAAUGCUAUCAAGCGGUUCAGAACAUGGUUGAAGGGCAAAUACGGCACUAUCGACAACCUCAAUGCCGCCCAGGGCCGUGUGUUUUGGUCGAACCAGUAUACUAACUUCGAUGGGAUUCACCCCCCGUUCAUGGAAGUCUACACCCCACCGCCUAGCCAUCUUCUCGACUGGUACCGAUUCAGCUCGGACAUGAUGAUCGAGUUCGCGCAGGAGCAAUCGAAGAUCCUGCGACAGUAUGCACCAACACAUUUCAUCACAACCAACAUGAUGAUGGGCUUUCUCGAGUUCGACCAUUUCAAGUUCGCCCGCGAGGUGGGACUCGAUCUUGCCACGUUUGAUGAAUAUCCACUGUCGGGGCCAAGCACAUUCUCUUGGCUCUCCCAAACAGAGCAGGCGGACUAUCUUUACACUGGUCUGCCAGAUUGGCAGGCGCUGCAUCAUGCCCUCUAUCGCGGCGUUGCGGGGGCGGCCUACAACAAAACAGCCGGCCCCUUUGGCAUCAUGGAGAUGCAACCCGGUGUUUUGAACUGGAGUCCCUACCGGGUGUCGCCCUUGAGCGGAAUGGUACGCCUCUGGACACACGAGACAUUCGCCGAUCUCGGAGACAUGGUGUCCUAUUUCCGCUGGCGGCAGGUUCCAUUUGGAGCCGAGCAAACCCUCUCCGGCUUAUUUACCUCCGACGAUGCCGCCGAUGAAGGCUUUCGCGAGGUGCAGACAUUUGCGAACGAAGAUCUCCCAGUGUUAGUGGAAGCGCUUGAUACUGACCAAUACCAAGAACAGCAAGCGGAUGUGGCUCUUGUUUUUGACUAUAUCUCCAGUCAAGUCUGGGACAUCGAGCCCUACAGUGGCACCUGGAGUCCUGACACGACCAGCUAUACCGGUACAGCCGUCAACUACCUGGAUCUCGUCUACAAAUUCUACUCCGCGCUCCGCCGCCUGGGUGUCUCCGUUGACGUGAUCUCGCCAAACCAGCCAAUCCAAGGUUACAAAUUAGUUGUGGUGCCGAGUCUACCCAUCAUUCCCAAGGCCUUCGAACAGUCGUUGGCUGAAUACAGCGGACUCGUCGUCCUGGGGCCACACACCGGCUCCCUUACAGACACCUUCAGCUAUUUGCCCGGCCUUGCCCCCGCCCAAGGGCCGAUCCGCAAUCGUCUUGCGAUGAAAGUCACCCGUAUAGAGACACCACCCGAUUACGCAGGUAACAGAGUCUCGUAUGCCGGCAAGACUUUUAACAUUUCCGGCUGGGAAGAGUGGGUAGUGUGCGCGCGGGACAACCGCACCAGUGCCGAGACCCUGAGGUACACUGCCCCGCACCGUGAAGGCAAGCCGGCGGGCUGCGCCAGCAACGGCUUUCACUACCUUGGUGUCAAUCCUACCGUCAACCUGCUCCUGUCCUAUUUGGGUGAUGUCGCCAAGGAGGCGAAUAUCACCGACUUCGCGGGACGCCAGGUCAGCGGCGAUAGUGACCUAGGACCUAACCUGCGGUUUGCGCGGAGGCGAUCUCUGCUCUGGGGUUUCAACUACGGGUUGGAAUCUGCGAGGAUUCCUGCUAUUGAGGGAGCUAGGCUGUUGAUAGGCAAUAACGGAUCUGAGAUCCCUUCGGCUGGUGUAGCUGUUUGGAGGCUGGUGAAUGAAGACGCUUGAGUGUGCUUUCGGGAUCUUCGAGGUAGUUGCGGAUAUCAAUUACUGUUCUCUCCGGACUAACAGAAACGAAAAUCCACUGUUGAGGUGUACCUCGUGAGCCUUACAUGCAACUUUUGAACUAAAG